AUGGGCAACCUGAUUCCAAGUUCCGCCAAGAAAGAAGCAGAAGAUAAAUUAUCAGCCAUUCAGGGUGGUGGGAGUUGGGAGAUUUUCAAGAUUGAGAACGGUAAAAUGAAGCCCAGCUCAAAGGGGAAAGACUUUAAGAAAUUAUUAACUCAGUUUUCAGAUAAAGAAGUAGCAUUUGGCUACUAUCGCCAUGAAGCCGGCGUGUUCAUGAUCAUUGUGUGGGCGGGACAGAAGUCAUCACCAACGGACAAGUUAACCCUGGUUACAGCAACACCGUUUUUACUGGCCAUGAUUAAGACGUUUGCGGACCAGUUAAUGACCGGCAAAUUGGCUGGAGUUGACCUCGACAGUAUCACUAAACUCGUCAACAAAGCGAAGGGACUUACUAAAGGAACUCCAUUACAAUAA